UCACUUGAAUCACAAAACCAAGCAAAUAAGUAAUUCAACUUCAAACAAUACAGGAAAGAACGCGAUUGAGAUACUGAUUUUCAUGAGUCAGAGGUAACCUGCAAUACAGGUAAUACAAUCUACAAGACUGCGCGACUGGAGAAACAUGGACAAGUGUGCCUCCCGAAGCGACCAAGACAAAGCGGUGCAGGAAGAUAGCACAGACCGAGAUGAUGAGACAGACAGAAACCCAGCUGCAGGGGCUUCCUCAUGCUGGCAGGCCUCUGCAACAUGGGAGGCUGCCGUUUCCCAGAAGUUGCACACGAAGGGCCACUCUGAUAGUGGCUACUCCACGCUGGUGCCCCAGGCCCCGUCUGAACACCCAGGCGUAGGGGACUUGGUUUGGGAGCCCAGCCCUGGAGCAGAGGGAAGCCACUUUGAACCUGCAGCAGCACCUGGGUCUCAUUCACUGGGACAUCAGACUGAACCAGAAGCUCUGGGGCCACCACAUGGAGGAGCAGGGCAGCGGUCUGAAGCUGGGGAAGGCUCCGCUUGGGUGGAGGGAGGGAGGCGUGUUAAGACUUUGGAAACCCAGAGAGGAGGAGAUGGACAAAACACGGAUUCAGGGUCACAGGGACACACAGAAAGUCUGACCCACGAGGGAGGACUUUUGGGGGAGGUGCACGGCAAAACAGCAGCCAAAGCACACGGCACAAAAACCACAGCAGCAGAUACUGACGCACAACAGAGAAAACCAAGGAGAAGAAAAAGCAAUGACUUUCACCGGCCAAAGUUGAAAGGAGAGACACCAGCACACAGGAGAAGGAGCAUGUGAAAGUCUGCUUCCCAAAGCCAUGUGAUAUGAAAAAUCUGAAGAGCUAGUACACCUAAUUUUUUAUUAUAUCCUACACAUUCAAUGUGUAGGUCUCCAAAUCUCCACAUGGAAUUCUGGUGCAUACAGAGCUAAUUAUAGACAUUAACAGUAUUGCGAGUGGCCUUCUUGUUACUGAAUGGUC